AUGAGCCGUGGAAUCAGAAAGCUAUCGCGAUCGGCUCCAUUGUCUCUGUUCAUUGAAGCAUUGGAAGCAGAUGGCUGUGUGAUAGUCAAGGACUUUACCGAUGAAGCUACGCUUGAGAAAGCGGACUCGGAGGUCCACCCGUGGCUUGAUCAGCAAGCCAACGGGGUGAAAGUUGGCGGCAAGUUCUCUCACUUGUCGCUUCAAGGCAAAACAAGAACGGUGACCAGGCUCGUCGGGAAAAGCGCAACUGUAAGGGAGCAGUUCUUUGCCGAUCCACUCUACCAAGAUUUGUGCGAACAUUUUCUGGCACUUGAGACGACCCAUUACUACGGUAACAAGCCCGUUACGACGACGAGCCACCCGCUUCUGUCUAUCGCAAUUGCAUUUGAUAUCCCUCCUGGCACUCCUGCGCAAAAUCUCCACCGCGAUGACAAGAAUCAUCAUGCUCGCCAUAGUCAUGCCGACAAAUACACGAAGGGACGCGACAUGCUAUUAGGCCUGUUUGUUCCAGGGUGCGAUACCACCAAGGCCAAUGGUGCCACAAGGGUUGUUCCUGGCAGCCAUCUGUGGGGCGACGAUAUGCCCGAUUUCGGGGCCGAUGGUACCCGUGGAGUUGUUGACGCAGAGAUGCGCAUGGGAGAAGCAUUCAUUAUGCUGGGAAGUCUCUAUCACGGAGGUGGAGCGUAUGAGAAGCCGUUGGGGACAGCAAAAGAGGGCGCCAAAGAGAGCAGAACGGUCUAUGCCAUGUUCUCAUGCACCGGCGUGCAUCGGCAGGAAGAGGUAUCAUUUCUGUCGUAUUCAAUCGACGAAGUCAAAACAUACUCGAAGAUUGUGCAAGAACGACUAGGCUGGAAGCAAAGCGAGCCGAAUCUAGGCUGGGUCGACUUGAAGAGUCCGGAAUUCCUCCUGGCGCAGUGA